UAUCCAAACAAUCUCUCCUUGAGCUCACAAGUCUUCUUGCAUCUCUCUCUUCCCUUCCCUUCUCUCUGUUCAUCACAACAAAAAUGGCAGAAAUAUAUUCAAAUAUCUGGUUUCUAAUGAUCCUAACACUUGUCUUCUUCAUUUUCCUUGUAAAGCUGUUGAAGCAUCGCAAAAAUUUCGAAAAUUUCGGGUACAGUAAGCUACCUCCGGGAGGCAGAGGCUUGCCCAUUGUAGGUGAUAGCAUUAACUGGUACAAUGCUGUUUCAAGCUCUCAUCCCCCUAGCUUUGUCAAAGAACAAGUUAAAAGGUACGGGAAAAUAUUUUCUUGUAAUUUACUUGGAAAAAGGGCGGUGGUGUCAGCGGAUCCGAGUUUCAACAGAUUUAUAAUGCAAAAUGAAGGGAAAUUAUUUCAAUCAAGUUAUCCGAAAUCAUUUCGGAACUUGGUUGGAAUAAAUGGAGUGAUCAAUGCCCAAGGAGAGCAACAAAAGAAGCUCCAUUCCAUUGCUUCCAAUAUGAUGAGACUAGACAAGUUCAGUUUUCAUUUCAUGAAAGAUAUUCAAUUGGUUUUGCAUCAAACAGUUACAAACUUCGAAAACAAUGAAGUUGUAAUUCUUCAAGAUGUUUGCAGAAAGGUUGCGAUUAAUCUAAUGGUGAAUCAACUGCUGGGAGUUUCGAGUGAUGCAGAAGUGGAUGAAAUGGCUCAUUUGUUUUCUGAUUUUGUGGAUGGCUGCCUCUCUGUGCCCAUCAACCUCCCGGGAUUCGCGUUUCGCACUGCUAUGAAGGCAAGGGAGAAGAUUAUAGAUAAAUUCGACAAGAUUGUGAAGAAGCAUAGGGAAGAAAGAAAAUCCGGUGCUGAAUUAGUCGGAAAUGGAUUGCUGGGAAGACUAGUGGAUGACGAAAGUUUAGCUGACGAUACAAUGGCAGACUUUGUCAUAAAUCUUCUCUUUGCUGGAAAUGAGACUACAGCUAAAACCAUGCUUUUCGCUAUUUAUUUUCUAACUCAAUGCCCCGAAGCCAUGAAGCAACUACUGGAAGAGCAACAAGCACUGAAGAGCCAAAAGAAUGGUUCUGAUGCUGAAGAUGAGAUGCUCACUUGGCAAGACUAUAAAGCAAUGCCUUUCACCCAAUGUGUGAUCGAUGAAACACUUAGGCUGGGAGGCAUUGCAAUUUGGCUAAUGAGAGAGGCGAAACAAGACAUAGAAUAUCAAGAUUAUGUUAUUCCAAAAGGAUGUUUCGUAGUCCCCUUUCUUUCGGCAGUACAUCUGGAUGAAAAUAUAUACGAAGAUUCUUUGUUGUUCAAUCCUUGGCGAUGGAUGGAACCUCAAAAUAUGGAGAAGAGGAACUGGAGAAGUAGUCCAUUCUAUACACCUUUCGGAGGAGGUUCCCGGUUCUGUCCAGGAGCAGAGCUGGCUCGCCUUCAAAUCGCGCUAUUUUUGCACCAUUUUGUAACCACCUACAGGUGGACUCAAAUGAAGGAGGAUAGGAUGUCAUUCUUUCCUUCAGCAAGAUUAGUGAACGGAUUUCAGAUCCAGUUGACCAGAUAAAUAAUGUGUGAUGAUAGGUUCAUGACUUGUAACUAAACUUAAAAAUUGAUUAUAUAUAUUUUUCAAUAUAAUGAAUAUUAUUUUAUUUCUUUUA